AUGUAUUCAUUCCUUUAUUAUUUACUUGGUAGUAUGAUGUUGGCCAUUGGUAUGGUAGCAUUGAUAUUAUUAGUUCAUUCAAUAUAUACAAGAAGUACAUCAUCAUCUAGAAAGAUAUUCACCUCAGUUAUAGUAUUGGCAAUGUUUGGUAGAGGUGUCUACUUCCUCCUAAGUCCAUCCAUUAUAGAUGGUAACCUACAAUCAUUCCCUUUGAAUGCAUUCUUCUUCUGGAACCAUAUGAUAGACUUUGCAUUCUUCUUGGCAUACUUUAUGUUGUUUGUUAGUUGGGCAAACUUCUAUUACCGCACAUCAGUAGGAAGUGAUUCAGAACUGUUGGAUAAUAAGGCUACAGUGAUAUUGUUUAUAUCAUUCGUAUUGGGCAGUAUUAUAACUAUAGCAGUAUUCUUCUUCACUGCUGAUACGGAUGAAGAAUGCAAGAGAGUGGACUUGGCUACAACAUGUUAUAUAGCAUCACUCAAUGUUAUAACUGCUGGUUUGUUUGGUGUCUAUGGUCUAAAGAUAUAUCGUCUAAUAGAUGAGUUUAAGUUUGUAUUCAAAAGAGUGCACUCCUGGAAGAUCAAGGCCAUCACUUGGAUAUGUUCACUAUGUUUCCUCUGUCGUUCAUGCAUGAUGGUCUUUAGUGUCCUAGAGUUGUCUGACAAUCCAGAUACCAAGUCAUUCAGUGUCGAUUGGUAUUGGGUCUUUAUCUAUUACUUGACUCUAGAGAUGCUUCCUACCUGCGCGAUGUUAUUCUUCUUGCGCAAAGGUCCAUCGAGCCAACCCCGUAUCGAUGAAUACGAGCCGAUUCAUAGUCCA